GCGGCCCGCCGGGCUCCGGUCCGGUCCGAUCCGCUGGACACGCGCCUCCGCCGGACCCGCCCCGCGGCCGGCGGCUGGACACGCGCCCGGCCGGCUGUUGGGCCGCGCGUGCGCCAUGGACCUCGUCGCGCUGCUCAAGUCCCAGUUCCUGUGCCACCUGGUCUUCUGUUACGUCUUCAUCGUGUCGGGGCUCAUCAUCAACGCGCUGCAGUUCCUCACCCUCCCGCUCUGGCCGCUGGACAAGCAGCUCUUCCGCAAGAUCAACUGUCGCCUGUCCUACUGCAUCUCCAGCCAGCUGGUGAUGCUGCUUGAGUGGUGGUCGGGCACCCAGUGCGUCAUCCACGCCGACCCCCGGGACUUCCCCCACUUCGGCAAGGAGAGCGUCAUCGUGGUCCUCAACCACAAGUUCGAGAUCGACUUCCUGUGCGGCUGGGCGCUGUCGGAGCACUUCGGGCUGCUGGGGAGCGCCAAGGUGCUGGCCAAGAAGGAGCUGGCCUACGUGCCCAUCAUCGGCUGGAUGUGGUACUUCACCGAGAUGGUCUUCUGCAACCGCAAGUGGGAGCAGGACCGCAGCGCCGUGGCCCAGAGCCUGCUGUGCCUGCGCGACUACCCCGAGACCUUCUUCUUCCUGAUCCACUGCGAGGGGACCCGCUUCACGGAGAAGAAGCACCAGGUCAGCAUGCAAGUGGCCCGCGCCAAGGGGCUGCCCAGCCUCAAGCACCACCUGCUGCCCCGCACCAAGGGCUUCGCCAUGGCCGUGAGGAGCCUGAGAAAUGUAGUUUCAGCUGUAUAUGACUGUACACUCAAUUUCAGAGAUAACGAAAACCCAACGCUCCUGGGAGUUCUCAACGGGAAGAAAUACCAUGCGGACAUGUAUGUCAGGCGGAUCCCCCUAGAGGAAGUCCCGGAAGCCGAGGACGCGUGUUCGGCCUGGGUGCACAAGCUGUACCAGGAGAAGGACGCCUUCCAGGAGGAGUACUCGCGGACGGGCACGUUCCCCGGGACGCCGCUGGUCACCGCCCGCCGGCCCUGGGCGCUCCUCAACUGGCUCUUCUGGGCCUGCCUGCUGCUCUACCCCUUCCUCCGCUUCCUGCUCAGCCUGGCCCGCAGCGGCUCCUCCCUGACGCUGGCCAGCUGCAUCCUCGUCCUCUUCGCGGCGUCCGUGGGCGUGCGAUGGAUGAUCAGCGUGACGGAGAUAGACAAGGGCUCGGCCUAUGGCAACAUGGAUAGCAAGAGGCACAGCGACUGAGGCGGAUGCAGCCGGUGCC